UGGGGAAAAAACACACCGAUUUUCCUCUGAGACCAAGAUAAGCACAAUCUCCCUCAGAUAUUAGACGUCGAGAGCCUGUUGGGCAGUCCAGUUUCCUUGGUUCAUUUUACUGCCAUUUACUGAAUGCCGUCCAUGUGUCAGAAGAAUAAGCUAUGACACCCCUGCCAUCCCAAAGCCUGCAGUCCAGGAAGGGAACCCAGACAUGUAAACAAUUGCGAUCUGUGUUGGAGGUACACACUGUAAUAACUGAAAAUAAAACCUACAGGCGCAUAAAGGGGAAUAUUCUCUUCAGUGCUGUUCCUGGAGACAUUUAUAUUCACUCCAUUGGACAGGGACCAUUUUAUCACUGAUGUAUCUCAGGCACCUAAAAAAAAAGUGCCUAGCACCUGUAAUGAGUAGAUAGAUGCCUAAUAAAUGUUUGGGUUUUUGUGCUUAAAAAAAAAAAAAGAUACAGCGUCAGUGGUACCUUAAUCAUUAUCCUCCCGAACUGGAAUUGGACCCACGAGGACUCCCACGUCAGUUUCGGAGGCCCCGCCCCCGGGCAUCUGUGACGUCAGAGCAGCCCCCUUGCUCCCCUCUGCUGGCCGCAGCCGCUGCGCUCUCUGGCUUGGCCCGUUAGAGGCCGCUUUGGUCCGGGGAACGCGGGCGGACCGUCUGGGCCAUGAGGAAGCUCGGUGCUGGCUUCCUCCUCUCGCUCCUGAAGGUGCUGCUCUUGCCUUCAGCUGCCCCUGGCCGCGGCCGCGGCGGCGGCGAGGAUUCCGUUCCGACCUCCACGCCCGGGAGCCCCCUCUCUCCCGCCGAAUACGAGCGCUUCUUCGCACUGCUGACCCCCACCUGGAAGGCAGAGACUACCUGCCGUCUGAGAGCCACCCACGGCUGCCGGAACCCCACCCUGGUCCAGCUGGACCAGUAUGAGAACCACGGCUUGGUGCCCGACGGUGAGGGCCCGCCUCCCGGGGCAGAUCUGUGCUCGCUGGAGACGGGCGGGUCUGGCCGGCCUCUGGCCCUGGGCCCGUCGUCUCCACCCUCCAGACCCAAGGCGCCCACCGCCCUCAGGAGGGAGGUCCCCCUCGUGUGUUCACCGUCUGCACCCCUGCCCUGCCCAGGUGCUGUGUGCUCCGACCUCCCUUACGCCUCCUGGUUCGAGUCCUUCUGCCAGUUUACUCAGUACCGUUGCUCCAACCAUGUCUACUACGCCAAGAGGGUCCGAUGCUCCCAGCCAGUCCCAAUUCUCUCACCUAACGCUGACCAGGAGACAGACUCUUCUACUGAAGCACAGCCCUCCACCAUGACCUCCCCCGUGCCAUCCCACAACACAGCCACAGAACGGCAGGCCUUCCAGCCCUGGCCCGAACUGCUCAAGAACAAUGUGGAGGAGCUGCUGCAAGCCUCCAUGUCCCUGGGAGGCCCAGAGCGAGUGUCGGGCCACAAGCAGGGUCAAAGGCAGGAGCAACAACAGGAGCAAGGACAAAAACAUAAACAGGAGGGAGAGCAGGAGCAGGAGAAACAGGAGGAGGAGGAGGAGGAAGAGGAGGAAGAGGAGGAGGAGGAAGAAGAGGAGGAGGAGGAGGAAGAGGAAGAGGAGGGGGAGGGGAAGCAGGAGGAAGGACAGGGGACAAGGGAGAGACUGCAUGCCAUGUAUGGGCUGCAGACGGACUCAGAGCCCAAGCACCAGGCUGGUUUAUCUUCCAACCCUUUGUCCUUCGCUGCCCGGGUGCGGGAAGUGAAGUCUACGCCUAUGAUGGUGGAGAACAUCCAGGAGCUCAGUCAACCUGCCCAGGAAAUGGAUGAAAUGAGUGGGGUGUUUGAUGAAGACUCUGCUUGGAGAAGCCAAAACUCUGGCAGCCUCUUGCAGCUGCCCCAUGAGGAGGCCUUACUGGUGAUGUGCUAUUCCAUUGUGGAGAACACCUGCAUCAUGACCCCCACAGCCAGGGCCUGGCGGCACUUGGAGGAUGAGAUCCUUGGUUUCGGGAAGUCGGUCUGUGACAGCCUUGGGCGGCACCACCUAGCUAUCUGUCCCCUCUGUGCCUUCUGCUCCCUGAAGCUGGAGCAGUGCCACUCGGAGUCCAACCUGCAGCGGCAGAAGUGUGACGGUUCCCACAAAACACCCUUCAUGAGCCCCUUUCUCUCAUCCCAGAGCAUGGCCAUCGGCAUCCAGAUGGGGAAUGUAAAAUCGAGCCGCUAUUACGGGCUGGAUAUUUAUGGAGGGCUUCGCAUGGAUUUCUGGUGUGCCCUGCUAGCCACGAAGGGCUGUGAAGAUACUCGAGUAGCUGGCUGGCUCCAGGCUGAGUUCCUUAGCUUCCAGGAUGGGGAUUUCCCCACCAAGAUUUGUGACACAGACUAUGUGCAGUACCCAAACUACUGUGCCUUCAAAAGCCAACAGUGUCUGAUGAGAAACCGGGAUCAGAAGAUAUCCCGUAUGAGAUGUCUGAAGAACGAGAGUUACAAUAUCUUGACCCCAGCCAGAAGCGAGGACCUUGUGCUUCGAUGGAGCCAGGAGUUUAGCACCUUGACUCUAGGCCAAGCCGGAUGAGCUGGGAUUCUCCCUGUCUCCACCCCAGCCCAGACUGUCCACAUUCUCCAUUGCUCUCUUACUCCAUUGGUCAUCAGUUUGCGUCCAGGCUGCCCCUUUUGUGUCUCUUACCUGGUCCCUACCCACGUUUUCCUUGGGUCGGGGCAGGAGUCCCUGAAAGUGAUGGAACUCCAACCGCCUUAAAGGAUGUCUUUGCAUAAAGUGUUUAUUUUCAA